UCUUUAAAGCCCGUUCACGGUGAUCCGCUCCUUGUUUUGCGAGCGCCUUCGCUAAUAGCUCCGCAAUGAGCAUAAGCUGCCGUGGUGUCUAAUCCACGGAGUAACACACAGAUGAUUGUGAAUGAGUGGCGAACAGUAACUAGAACUUGUUUUUAUCCGGUGUAAAUAGACAUGUAUUACACUCUCGCAUAAAGCAGCGUGGUUAAAGCCCCCGCUGCUUUGAGCAGCAGCUGAGCGGACCGCAAUGUCUUGUGCAUAUGUGUUGCCUGGUGCUGGCGAAGUGGGCAGGACAGUUUGAUUUGCCGAGAUUGUCCAGAAAUUACUCUCAACGCGAGAGAGUGCAGUUCAAAUUGUGGAGCGCUGUGCACGGAUAGAGGACACAAAACGGAAUGAUAUUGCUUCGGGUUCUAUGUAGCGGCCUGGGAAUGCUAAACUUUCUAAUUUCAUCCGCUCUCUUGUGUUUGCAAAUCGCCUGUCAAGAUGCAGAAUACAGCGAACCACAGUCUGAAUCCAUCCCAAUGGCCUCUUCAGAUUCGUUGCCUCAUUUUCAUGUUGAACCAGAGGAUGUAUACAUUGUAAAAAACAAACCCGUCACUUUGGUCUGCAAAGCAACGCCAGCCACGCAGAUAUACUUCAAAUGUAACGGUGAAUGGGUGCAUCAGAUGAAUCAUGUAACAGAAGAAACCGUAGAUAAAGUCACAGGGCUCAUGGUACUACAGGUCAGAACUGAUAUUUCACGCCAGCAGGUAGAGAAAAUGUUUGGCUUAGAAGAAUAUUGGUGCCAGUGCGUGGCAUGGAGUGCCACAGGCACCACGAAAAGUCAAAAAGCCUUUGUCCGCAUUGCAUAUCUGCGGAAGAAUUUUGAACAAGAGCCAAUGGGGAAAGAGGUUCCAUUGGAUCAAGAGGUUUUACUUCAUUGUCGACCCCCAGAGGGUAUUCCACCUGCAAACGUGGAAUGGUUGAAGAACGAAGAACUGAUUGACCCAAUCGAAGAUCCGAACUUCUACGUCACCAUGGAUCAUAAUCUGAUCAUCAAAGAAGCUCGAUUAUCAGACACGGCAAAUUACACCUGUGUGGCGAAGAAUAUUGUAGCCAGAAGGAGAAGUGCAACUGCUGCAGUAACAACAUAUGUAAAUGGUGGCUGGUCCACAUGGACAGAGUGGUGGCCCUGUAGCACUACCUGUGGUAGAGGAUGGCAGAAAAGAACGCGCACUUGUACCAACCCCAGCCCUCAGAAUGGUGGAUCAUUCUGUGAUGGACAGAACAUCCAGAUAACUGCCUGCACCAUGUUGUGUCCAGUAGAUGGAAGUUGGACUGAAUGGAGCAAAUGGUCGACUUGUGGGGCAGAAUGCACACACUGGAGAAAUAGAGAAUGUGCUGAGCCAGCACCACGAAACGGUGGGAAGGAAUGUGAUGGAAUUGUCCUGGAGUCAGAAAAUUGCACCAGUGAUUUAUGCCCUCAGCCUUCCACAGUGCCGGCUGAAGUUGCUCUGUACACUGGCGUUGCUGCAGUAGCUGUAUGCCUCACAUUACUGCUCGUUAUAGUGAUACUUGUCUAUCGAAAGAAACAGCAAGACUUUGAUUCCGAUGUCGCUGACUCUUCCAUUUUAACAACAGGAUUUCAACCUGUGAACAUUAAAACACCUAAGCAAGAUAACUCCCAUUUGCUUACAAUCCAGCCUGACCUCACAAGCACAUCAACAUACCAAGGCUCCUUCCCUUCACGGCAGGAUAUUUCAGACAAGAUUCCAAUGACUAACUCCCCACUUCUGGACCCACUUGCAAGUGAAAGACAUGCGAUACGUAAUGGUACAGCUUUUUCCGACACUUCCACCUUUAUGGCGAGGCUUUCGAUGCAAACAAGCACCAAGUCAUUAUUAAGGGAUGCUUCAAAUACAGCAUUUGGAACAUUUAAUUUUUUAGGUGGUCGUCUAACCAUUCCCAGCAGAGGUAUAAGCUUACUCAUUCCACCAGAAGCCAUUCCUCGAGGGAAGAUUUAUGAACUCUAUUUAACUGUCCACAAAAAGGAGGAUGUGAGGUUACCUCUAGCAGGGAGUCAGACCCUGCUCAGUCCAGUUGUCAGCUGUGGGCCUCCAGGUGUCCUACUAACUGGGCCAGUCAUCCUGAGCAUUCAGCAUUGUGCGGAAGGAAAUCUGGAGAACUGGUCCAUAAAGCUGAAGAAACAAUCGCCCCAAGGAAACUGGGAGGAGGUAUUACAUUUGGGGCAAGAAAUCCCAUCUAAUCCCUAUUAUUGCCAGCUUGAUGGACAGAUGUCCCACAUAUUUACUGAAACCUUGGGUAAAUACACACUGGUCGGUGAAUCACUGAACACAACUGCAGCAAAGCGUCUAAGGCUAGUGCUGUUUGCACCAGGAACAUGCACAUCCUUGGAAUAUAGCAUACGGGUCUAUUGUCUGGAAGAUACGCAAAAUGCACUGAAGGAAGUAAUGCAACUGGAGAGACAUCUUGGAGGGCAACUCUUAGAUGAGCCUAAAAUUCUUCACUUUAAAGACAGCUAUCACAAUUUACGACUUUCCAUACAUGACAUACAAAGGGCGCUCUGGACUAGUAAGCUGCUGGACAGCUAUCAGGAAAUUCCAUUUUAUCACAUUUGGAAUGGGUGUCAAAGAAAUCUGCACUGUACCUUCACUCUGGAACGGUACAGUCAAUCCACGACUGAACUCAAUGGUAAAAUUUGGGUUUGGCAAGUAGAAGGAGAAGGACAAAGCUUUCAAAUUCACUUCAACUUUGCCAAGGAUGCAAGGCAAACUGACUUUCAGUUUAUGGAGCCAAAUAACUGUGGCACAUCUUUAGCAGGACCUUGUGCUUUCAAAAUCCCUUAUCUGAUCAGGCAGAAGAUUUGCAGCAGCCUGGAUAUUCCAAGUUCAAGAGGAAGUGACUGGAGAAUGCUGGCAUAUAAAUUGAAAUUGGACCGGUAUCUCAAUUAUUUUGCCUCGAAAGCUAGUCCUACCUCCGUGAUUCUGGACUUAUGGGAAGCUCAGCAUUUGCAUCAUGGCAACCUGAACCAUCUUGCUAUGAUCAUGGCGGAAAUGGGCAAGCAAGAACCAAUGAUUUUUGUGGUGUCAGAGGCAGAGUGCUGAGGUAGCUUCAAUACGUUACUGACCAAUUGUGAACAUCACUUUUAAGGGAAAACAUAUUCAGAUGCAACUGAUGUGUCGUUAAGCAGUAACUCUCUUCAGCUUAAACAAGAUCAAUCUAUUUUCAAUGCAUUAAGGCUUCUAUGUAGAUUUGCUACUUUUGUGAAUGGACAUUGAUGAUGGAAAUGGAUUUUGUAUUAUCUUCACUAAUUCCUGAAAGGGCUUCAAAAUAAUUACUGUUUGGCCCUGUGGUUCAUUGGAUAAUUAUACCACAUAUUUUAGCACAGAGCAAGGAAGGAAGACCCUAGAUUUAAUCUCUACUAUGUUGAUAAAAUAAUAAACUGUAACUAGGUUGGAAUUGCCCUCAAGAUUUCUAAGAUUGAUAAUAGAGACAAUGUAUGUGGUUUAUUUAUUUGGUUUAUUAUUAUUAUUAUUAUUAUUAUUAUUAUUAUUAUUAUUAUUAUUAUUAGACAAUAGACAAUAGGUGCAGGAGUAGGCCAAUCGGCCCUUCGAGCCAGCAUCACCAUUCAAUGUGAUCAUGGCUGAUCAAGGAUGAUCAUCCCCAAUCAGUACCCCGUUCCUGCCUUCUCCCCAUAUCCCCUGACUCCGCUAUUUUUAAGAGCCCUAUCUGGCUCUCUCUUGAAAGUAUCCAGAGAACCUGCCUCCACUGCCCUCUGAGGCAGAGAAUUCCACACUCACAACUCUCUGUGAGAAAAAGUGUUUCCUCGUCUCCGUUCUAAAUGGCUUACUCCUUAUUCUUAAACUGUGGCCCCUGGUUCUGGACUCCACGAACAUCAGGAACAUGUUUCCUGCCUCUAGUGUGUCCAAACCUUUAAUAAUCUUAUAGGUCAAUAAGAUCUAAUAAUCAAUAAGAUCCCCUCUCAUCCUCUCUCCAGAGUAUACAUUAUUAUUAUUAUUAUUAUUAUUAUUAUUAUUAUUAUUGUUACAUGUACCAAGAUCGAGUGAAAAGCUUUCAUUUGCAUGCUAUUCUGGUAAGAAAAAGACUAUACAUGAAUACAAUCAACUCCACAGUGCAAAGAUAAAGAGUACAACAUUUAGUAUGGAAAUGUAAAAUUGAAGCUCUGUAGGUAAUUCAUUCGAGGCUAAUGUCAAUGUGGUGUUGAAAAUAAUAUUAGGAUUGACUCCCUCCAAAAAAGGUCACCAUUAUCUUCAUAAUACAUUUAUUUGCCAUUUUAUUUAUAAUUAUUUGCUAUGAGCAGAUUUAGUUUUAUUGAAUGUCUUGAUUAUUUUAUUGAAAGAGUAAUACAAUAUUUUAUCCUUAAAGCUUUUUAUCAACAAUUUGACAUUGUUGACUUUCAAUGUAUUAGAUUAAAUAAAGUUGGCAAAGUGGGUUAGCCACUUUUUAGGCUCGACUAAUGUAGGCUUUAUAUCUUUUAUAUCAUUUCCUCCCUGGUCCAUUGAAAUCCUUUACCAUUCAUUUAUAUCACCCCAACUCAAUGCCUCUUUAAAUAUGCAGAAUUAUGAUGGUUAUGAACUAGCUAUAAAUUUGCCUCUAAUGCUUUGGAUAUGGCUGGACCAGAAGUUAUGUUUCCAGCAUGUUAUAAUUUAAAAUAACUUUAUCUUGUCUCUUC